UGGGCUUCUGACAGGGUUUCCUCAGCACAGGAGCUCAUUGCCCUUUGCCAUGGACACCCAUUGACCCAAGUUGGCAGGGAAAUGGAGCAGGAAAGUGGCCCGUGUCAUUGGAUAGUCCCCUUAAAUCUGCUUGAAAUUUCCAAAUAAUGCUAAUCGAAUUAUUAUAGCCGUGUUACUCGAUCUGAGUCGGCUCGUAUGGGCCAAAUAACACGGCUAUAAUAAUGCUAAUCCCAUUAUUAUAGCCAUGUUACCCGAUCUCAGUCGGCUCCAUAAGGGCCAAUGCUAAGAAAAAAAGUUGUACCCAAUUGCAUCGUAAUAAUAUAUAAAAAUAUCUACACGUUUUUCCAGCUCUGUUGACUAACAUGACACACAGAUAUCAAAACAUCGUCAUUUUGUUUGAGAAAGUCUGCGUAACAAAAAGUAUUCACGUAUAUAAUCACAGGGCUGCUUUGCCAUUUCUCAUCCCCCAAAUAUUUUUAUCUGACUUUAGUGAGUGAAUUGUGCUUUUUAUUCAAAUUUCGCCCAUUAGUGUUUAUAAGUAAAAAAAGUGUAACGUUACAUUUUUCACUACUACAGACUACAUAUUAUUACAAAAAAAGACCGCAAAAACUGCGUACAGCUCUACUUUUCCAGGCCUUCACCGAAUCACCUUCGUAUUGAGGUCUACGGCAUGCGGAUGUCCAGAAUACGCCUGCUUUUGAACAAUGCAAGCUUCAGCGGAUUCAUCUCCGACUAUGUCAUCGACUAUCUGCGACCGUACGUGGAAGCAAAAGUUGCUCAGCUCCUUGCUCGGGAACUACGAAACUUUGCUGUUGAGGCCUUCAAAGCCAUCAGGGUCUACACUGCAAGCAACGAGGAUGAAGACAUCUUUGCCGAGGAAUCGGUGCUGAGUCGCACCUGGACCAAGGCUCUCGGCAGUGCCGCCAGUUACCUCGCCUUGAUACGUGGCCAGCACCCUGGCCGUUCACGUGGUGGCGGCAGCGAUGACGGCGUUGCUCCAAGGAGGCCGCUGCCAGAGAGGCAAAGGGAGCCUCGCAGCGCAGAAAUGGAGCGCGAACGUGGAGUUUUCGACGGCUGUCUCCGCACCUUAGCCCUUUCGAGAGGAUUCGACCCGGUGUCGCUCCCGCAAGAUGUCCGAGAGCUCGAUUUUUCUUUUGGACGCGUCGCCGUAUACGAAGGCAACCUGACGGGCUUAUCAAGCGUCUACAGGAGCGGUGACUGCGCGCUUGUUGUCGGCGAAUGCGGCCUGGCAGUUCGUCUGGAUUUGGGAUUUGAAGAUCUCUUGGUCAGUGUGGUGGCUGUGGUCGGCGAACGUUCCCGCACCAGAACUGCAAAGUUAGACGUACACAUUCCUGCCGUGGAGUUGUCCCUAGACAUUGCAGAGAUAAAUAACCAGCUUCAGAUUAUUACCUAUGGCAUGGAAUUCAUGGGACCGGUCAAAGUCACGGCACCACCCACAGGACGAGAUGGCUCGGUAAACGUUGUGAGCGUUUCACCUGAAGUCGUGCUUAACGACGAGGACCUGGAGGAGCUGAAAUCAUCUCUUCACGAAAGCCUGCAGAGAUUUUUACCAACUGUAGAAAGAUUGAUUUCAGAUCCACCGCUUCUCGAACCAUAAAGUGCACAUAAUGAACGUGGCAAUUUGAAUAGACGUGUAGAUAUUGCAGAUUAAAACUUCUUAUUCGACA